GUCUACAUCAAAAUAUAAACAAACCUCUCUUUGGCUUUUGUACAAAAAAUUGAUCGGGUGAUCAAUAACUAAAUGCAUCAGAGAUGGAGUGUGAAAAGUUCAUCAUAGGAACAUGCCAAACUAUGUGUCCUUUGGAUGAAAUUAAAAUGAGGGAAAAGGAGGGCCGUCUCCACCAGUUAGAGUCGGCACAUGAAAGAAGAACCGAGAAGUACAGGAAUCGGAAAUUACAAACUGCAGAAGUUGGUAAAAUGAUCAAAGAAUACAGCCGGCCAGCUGCAGGGUGUCACGUACCGGGCCCAGAGAGUCUUCGUCCAGCUCCAGUACUGCUGAAAACUGUGCAAUAUAUCUUUAAUAAGUUGGGAACAGCAAAUAUUUCAACCUUUAACCCCGUCAUAAACUCCCAGCAUGCCCAGGAGUGUCUGAAGCGCCUCCUGGUGUUGUACGAUGAGGUACAAGGAACUUACAAAUGCCGGGAAGAGUUCGAGAGUAUUUAUCUUCUGUAUAACCUGGGAGAUGUGAAUGCUCUGAGACAUUGCUUAGAUCUAAACAGAGAACUCAGGAAAGCAAGAAGAAUAAGAGAAACUGAAGACAUCGCUUCAACACUGGAUAAAGAAUUCAAAACAGACUGUUGUAAUGUGUGUCCUCUCUUAAAGAUUUCAAACAGACUGUUGUAAUGUCUUCAUUCGAACAGUAAAAUCAGACUAUUGUAACAUUAUUGUCCUUGUAAAGAUUAAAAAAAUAAAUGGAUUCACAGUAA